AUUGGACAAUUUAACCGACCCGGAUUUUCCAAAAGUUCGCUACACUUAUGAGACUUCUUGUCGUUAGGACAUGCAGUUCAAUCCUGACUCCUCUGUGUCGGGGUAUGGCAUAUUACCACAUUGAAUGGAAACCGAAACCGUAUCCCUGCACAAAGGCCGAACGAGAAGCGGCUGCCAAACGUUACAAUCUCUUACCUUCUGAUUAUAAACCAUUUGAGAAUGAUGGUUUAGCACCAGGAGAUUACUUUUACGUAGAACCAUAUAACGCGGUUAGUCGCAGCCCAUGGGAACCCUAUGACUUCCCACGUGAAAGACGAGAUUUUAAUGACCCGCAACAGUUCAACGCGCAAAUGUAUCUUGCUUCCGGAUAUAAUCCUGCAAAACUAAAUGAAAUUUUAAAAGAACAGCCACUGUAAGCUGUGGUUCAUAGAUUUCAUUUGUAACUAAGGUGGUAUAUACUGUUCAAGACGUUUGCACCGUUCUUUGGCCUUUGGAUGUUCUUAUAUCUCGGUCAGAUGUAUUGCUUCUUUUUCCCGCUGGUAAGUACUAUAAAUUUGAACUUCACUUUUCGUUUUAUAAUCGAGUUAGUUAUAAUAUUUACAGGAUCAUCCGAAAAGUAAGACUAGGAAUUUAAAAUUCCAUAACAACUCUAAACUUUAAUUUCUUAGAAAGUAGAUAACAGGAAAUCUUCAGCAACUUCCAGCUACACUUUGAAUACCAACCACCAUGAAUUCGCCUACCGACUUAUAAUGCGGUAAAAAAGCUGAGACAGCUAAGUAUUAGGACCAUGAAGCUGUAGUUUUGAGUUUAACUAACAGAUUUGGGCCGCUCCAAUACUAUAUACUGAGCAAUCAGUUUGAGAAGCGUAAUGUUUCUAGUUGUUUGAUGUCUACAUGGUGUGCAAAGGCAAAAAGUCCGCGAACACAACAGUUCACUUCUGUCAUGAGGUCUGAUCAUUACAAGUGGUCAGAGGUCAUCGACAUUCGACUGCAUAGUUUUUCGAAACACUUUUCCAUGUGACAAAACCUCUAAAUUCGUUGCGUCAAAGUUAGGCAAGAAAAACACACCAAUUGACAGCUAUAUCAGCAGAUUUGUACUUCGUAACGACCAUCACGUGCAUGUAUAAGUGACCCGGAAACGUCACAUAUAUGGUUGGGUUAUAAGGCAUAAGUGUGAAUAAAGUAGGUCGUUUCGAAAUCACAGCUUGCGAAGGUCGUUCAGCAACCAGCUGACUGAACAAAUCCACUUAUCUAAAGCAUAGUACAUACCUCAACAUUGUUCAGUAAAUGGAAAUUCAGGUAAACUUUAGCCGGUUGUCCAAAAACGGAUGCUAAUUUUUUCUCUUUUUUUUACAGAAAGCGAAACAAUAUCCACAUGCAGUGGACAAAGAAAAUCACUAUACUUUUGAAAAGCUUGGGUAGAUCCAUAUGUUCGAAUAGAAAGUAAUAAAGUCUUAGU